AUGACCCGUUUUCAUUCGUUCUUUACCUUCUCCUUUUUGGGAUUUUUUAUACUCUGUGAUUGUUCACGGGGUAUGUUCUACUUAUUUAAAACCAUUUUCAGAUUUUGCUUGUCCUUGUUUAAUAGUUAA